CACCAUAACUGAGGUCGGGAGAAAGCUUCUCCGCGACCAUUCUCAAGGUUCAUUUGAGCUCUAAUUUCUACAAACAAACCCUAACAAAAUUCAGGUUCUAUAAGCUUCGAUCUCUACUUUUAGGGUUACCCAAUAAAACCCUAAAUUAUUUCAUACUGGAAAAUGUGAUUUACAACCCUGAAAUUGUUGCUUUGAUAAUAUGGCGGCUUCACAGCAUGUGGAAAUUGAGGCAGCUAAGUUCUUACAAAAGUUAAUUCAUGAAUCUAAAGAUGAGCCAGCCAAAUUGGCUACAAAAUUACAUGUGAUAUGUCAGCAUAUGAAGGCGAGUGGGAAAGAACACUCGUUGCCGUAUCAAGUAAUAUCCAGGGCAAUGGAAACUGUUGUGAAUCAGCAUGGACUUGAUAUCGAGGCUGUCAAAGCGGCUCGUCUUCCUACAACUGGUGGACCUCAAAUUGGGGAGGAUUCCGGAAAUGCUUCAAGGUCGGAUGCACCUGACAGUAUGACACCUGCAGGUGGCAGUGGCAUGCCGUUUAGAGGUGUACCAGUUGGUGGUGCAUGGAAUGCAGGAGGAUCAAGUAGUAAAAUUAAGGAAGAAGUGUACGCUGGUACUCCAAUGCAGAGUGUUGGGGCUUUUAGAGAUUCUAGACCAGGUUUAGCUGAUAAUGAGGUUAUGAAUCCCAAUAAACCACCUGUUGGACCAAAUAGGGUAGGCAGUGGUGGGCAUGAGUUUUAUCAAGGACCUGUAUCUCAGAGGAGUGGUAGUUUGUAUGAUCACGAAAGUCCGUCUAGUCUAGACACUAGAUCCGGGAACUCCCAAGAAAGGGUUGACACUGUAAAAUUAGACAAACAGGGAAGACCAAAAGAACCCAAAAAAGCCGCCACUAAGAGAAAGAGGGCAGGUGCAACAAGUGCAGAUGUGAAUCCUGACAGCCCUCAAAAAUUAGAUACUCCCAACGCUGGAGCUAAAUCAAGAAAGGGUAAAGUCACCAAUCAAGAACAUGCUCUGGUAAAUCCUGGUCAGGAUAGUGGUCCCAUGGAGCAUUUGUCUUCAGCAUCAAGUGGUAUGGAAUCUUUACCUAGAGCAAAGCAAGAGAGUCAGAUUUCGAAUGUAAAUCUUUCUGAGGGUGACGGUUCUGCUUAUGGUGUCGCGGGACAACAGAAAGGAGGUUUUGUUCAGGGUAGAAAUGAUCCUUCCAGUACUAGGAAUGUUUGGGAUCAAUUUAAAACCGGUUUGUUGCCAGAUAACUCCCAGCUUUCCAGGUUUGCACCUACUGGUGCUGCAUGUGUUUUGACAGCAGAUGCUACUGCUGCUCAGUCUGCAGUUCCAUCUCUUGGUUCAAGUAAGGAGAACCCUCAAGGUAUGAGUGUAAUUUCUGGUGGUUAUAGCAAGGCUCAAGUAGGAGUGCCGGGAAAUUUUGGUUCAUAUGCUACAAUCAAAACAGGUUUCCCUGCUUCUGUUCAACAUAACAAUACUUCCUUCGAUAAUUAUGAAAUGGCCUUGAAGUUGCUCAAGGAGCGGGGUGUGGAUCCAGAAUUGGCCUCGAAGAUGCUUAAGGAGAGGGGUUUAGAACCUUCUGGUUCUCAGUUCCUUGGGAAAGGCAAAGACAUGGCAUCUAUGGACACUGCUGUUAAAUCUUCCUCGGUCGAGCCCACUUCUAGUAGAGGUGCAACAGAUUCGGAACAUAGGAAGUCUGCACUCAUGAACGAUUCAGAAUCUAAUAUCUCUGAGAAAGCGCUGGAAGCUCAGUUUGAUCAGCAAGGAAGUGGAUCUCAGGGACCACAGAGUAAAGAGAACGUAGAUACAGCAAAAGCUCCCACUUUUCAUCCUCCUGUCUCGUCUGGCAUGCCAUUCAAGGAACACCAUUUGAAACAACUCAGAGCCCAGUGCCUUGUCUUUUUGGCUUUCAGAAACGGCCUGAUGCCAAGGAAACUCCAUCUCGAUAUCGCACUUGGAGAGCCAAAUCCAAGAGAAGGUGGUGGCAGUGAUGGAACACGCAAUGAGCAAAGCGAAAGCAAAGGGAAAGAGAUAUCUGUAAAAGAGCCAAGCAGUGGUAAUGAAGCCACAGCUGUACUCGGAAGACCUAGUGAUAUGAGUGAAAGAACUCUUCCUGGUUCCUCGUCUAGUGGAAUCCCAACAGAGACAGAAACCACUUCAAUGGACACAGAUAAAUUUCAGAAAGGGAACAAGGGUCCUCCCACUGAUAGCUCUGCAGCAACAGAAGAAAGGAAUCACCUUCUGCCUGCAAGAAGAAACCUGGAGACAGAAAUGAAUAUCCAGGAAGAAUCAGAUUCUCAAGCAACUCUAGCUAUGACUUCUGCGGCUAUGUCUGUGAUGAAUAGUGGGAUAACUUUGCCCAAGAUGAAUCCCGACAGGGAUGAUAUUGGGAAUGGUCAACAACAGAUUGGGAGGUUGAACCACUUAUCCUCUUCUAUAUUGGGAAUGAAUCAGCAGCUAAAGAGAGAAAUGGCUAGUUUGACUGGGACACGCAAUCAAAACGAGGUUUCAGUAAAUGCAUUAUCACCCUCCGUAUUUCAUCACCCACCAAUGCCCCAAAGAACAGAUUAUUCUUCAAAUCAUCCUCAACUUCUUGGUGACCGAGAGAGAGGAAAUAAUGUGCUCAGGUCAGAGCCUUCAUAUGUGCAAGCAAGUUUGCAUGUUGAUAGAUACCCUUCUACAUUUUCAGGAAAAGAGGCGAGCAAAACUAAUUCAGGAAAAGAUGUUGAACAUUCAAGGGAUGUCAGUGUUAUCCGGACACAUGGAUCUCAGGGUGAGAACCAUGUUUCCGACCCUCAAAAGCAUUUAAAUUAUGAUAGGCAUCAGAUGGUUUCCGCGAACAAUACACAAAACUAUGGAAAUCCAGGUAUGGUGCUGGAAAGAUCUAUGGAGGUAGGCGAAGAAAACAAAUCAAUUUAUACAGAUAUCACAAUGUCCCCAAAGUACACUACCUCAGAGAAAUGGAUUAUGGAUCAUCAGAAAAGAAAGCUUAAUGAAGAACGAAAUUGGGCUAUCAAGCAGAGGAAGACAGAGGAAAGAAUGGCUGUAUGUUUCAACAAGUUAAAGGAGGUUGUGAGUUCCUCUGAUGAUAUUUCCACCAAGACAAAAAGUGUGAUUGAACUGAAGAAGCUUCAGCUGCUUCAGCUUCAACGGCGAUUGCGGAGGGAAUUUGCCCAUGAUUUCUUCAAGCCUAAUACUUCCGAAAUUGAACGUCUUAAGACAUUUAAGAAACAUAAACAUGGAAGGCGAGUCAAACAACUCGAGAAAUUUGAACAAAAAAUGAAGGAGGAGCGGCAAAAGAGGAUUCGUGAGAGGCAAAAGGAGUUCUUCAGUGAAAUUGAAGUUCACAAGGAGAGACUGGAAGACUGGUUUAAAAUUAAGAGAGAGAGAUGGAAGGGUUUCAAUAAGUAUGUAAAGGAGUUCCAUAAGAAGAAAGAGCGAAUACAUCGUGAGAAGAUUGACAGAAUCCAGCGCGAGAAGAUUAAUUUGUUGAAGAACAAUGAUGUGGAGGGGUAUCUGCGAAUGGUUCAGGAUGCCAAGUCAGAUCGUGUUAAACAACUUCUCAAGGAAACUGAAAAAUAUCUUCAGAAGCUGGGAUCCAAAGUGCAGGAGUCAAAGGCCCUUGCAAGGCAGUUUGAGGUGGAAAUGGAUGAGAACCGGGCUUCACCCGUUGUUGAGAAGAAUGAGGUUGCAGUUGAGAAUGAAGAUGAAAAUGACCAGGCAGAGCAUUAUCUGGAAAGCAAUCAGAAGUACUAUUUGAUGGCUCACAGCAUAAAAGAGAGCAUAGCGGAGCAGCCAGCAUCUCUUCAAGGUGGAAAACUAAGAGAGUACCAAAUGAAUGGUUUGCGUUGGUUGGUUUCUCUAUACAAUAAUCAUCUGAAUGGAAUACUUGCUGAUGAAAUGGGCUUGGGUAAAACUGUCCAGGUUAUCUCUUUGAUAUGUUACCUAAUGGAGACGAAAAAUGACAGAGGACCAUUUUUGGUGGUAGUACCGUCAUCUGUUCUAUCAGGAUGGGUUUCAGAACUCACUUUCUGGGCCCCUAGUAUUAUCAAAAUUGCUUAUGCUGGGCCUCCUGAAGAGCGGCGUAAAUUAUUUAAAGAAAGGAUAGUUCAACAAAAAUUUAAUGUCCUUUUGACAACUUACGAGUACUUGAUGAACAAGCAUGAUAGGCCAAAACUAAGCAAAAUUCAGUGGCACUAUGUUAUAAUUGAUGAAGGUCAUCGAAUAAAGAAUGCAUCCUGCAAACUGAACGCUGAUUUAAAGCAUUACAAGAGCGCUCAUAGAUUACUGUUGACUGGAACUCCACUACAGAAUAACCUUGAAGAGUUAUGGGCCCUGCUUAACUUCUUGUUGCCGAGCAUUUUCAACUCAUCGGAUGACUUUUCCCAGUGGUUCAACAAACCAUUUGAGAGUGGUGUUGAUACUUCUCCUGAUGAUGCUUUACUGUCAGAGGAAGAGAAUCUCUUGAUUAUUAAUCGCCUUCACCAAGUUCUUCGGCCUUUUGUGCUUCGGAGGCUGAAACACAAGGUUGAACAUGAAUUGCCUGAGAAGAUCGAAAGGCUUGUAAGAUGUGAAUCUUCCGCAUAUCAAAAGCUUCUGAUGAAACGAGUUGAGGACAAUCUUGGCUGCAUCGGAAAUUCCAAGGGUCGUUCCGUGCACAAUUCUGUUAUGGAACUCCGGAAUAUAUGCAAUCAUCCUUAUAUCAGUCAGCUUCAUGCAGAACAGGUUGAUAGUCUUGUACCUAGACAUUAUCUGCCACCCAUUGUGAGGCUCUGUGGAAAGCUGGAGAUGUUAGAUCGAUUGCUUCCAAAGCUGAAAGCAACUGAUCAUCGGGUUCUGUUUUUCUCUACAAUGACCAGGCUGCUUGACGUUAUGGAGGAAUAUCUCCGCUGGAAACGCUACAGGUAUCUUAGGUUAGAUGGACACACGACCGGAGGUGAUCGUGGAGCCCUUAUUGAUGAAUUCAAUCGACCAGAUUCUCCUGCUUUCAUAUUUUUAUUGAGUAUUCGUGCUGGAGGUGUUGGAGUAAAUCUGCAAGCCGCUGAUACUGUCAUUAUAUUUGACACUGAUUGGAAUCCUCAGGUUGACCUGCAAGCACAGGCAAGAGCUCAUAGGAUUGGUCAGAAGAAGGACGUGCUUGUUUUGCGUAUGGAAACUGUGCAUAGUGUGGAGGAACAUGUUAGAGCUGCAGCGGAGCACAAAUUGGGAGUUGCCAAUCAGAGUAUAACUGCUGGAUUUUUUGAUAACCACACUAGUGCCGAAGAUCGAAGGGAAUAUUUGGAGUCUCUUCUGAGAGAGUGUAAGAAAGAAGAGUCCGCCUCUGUGUUAGAUGAUGAUGCUCUUAAUGAUCUCUUAGCUCGCAGUGAGUCUGAAAUUGAAACAUUUGAGUUGAUUGACAAACAAAGGCAAGAGGAAGAGGCGAUCGUGUGGCAGAAGUUGGUACAUGGAUCGGAAAAAGCCGACCCUACGGCUUGCCUCCCAAUGCCAUCACGUCUAGUUACGGAUGAAGACUUGAAGGCAUUUGUUGAGGCUAUGCAAGCGUAUGAGGAUGCUAAUGCAGGUUUGAAGCGGAAAAGUGAAUACACUGCUGGGGGUCUUGAUACACAGUAUUAUGGGAGGGGGAAAAGAGCAAGAGAGGUAAGGUCUUAUGAAGAUCAAAUGACUGAAGAAGAAUUUGAGAAAAUGUGUCAAGUUGACCCUCCUGACUCCCCCGAAUUCAAGGAUGACACCGAGGACUCGAGAAUGGGAAAUGCGGACACGACCAAAGUGCUCCCCGAUGUUACAGAGCUGUUACCCAAUCCUCCAACACUACAACCUCAGCCAACAGAAACACUGCAACUGCAAUCACCAUUACCAGUAGCAACACCAUCACCUCACUCUCUUCACCCUACAGAAACACCAUCACCUGCAUCUCUACAUAUUGUAGCAGCUCCACCACAGCCUUCAACGACCGUAACACUACCACCUCUACCCAAAGAGAUACCAAUCUCGGUAGUAACACCUGAACCGACAGUGGCGACGGUGCUACUAUCACCACUAUCAAUACAUCCAGCAACCUCCACAGCAGCAGUAUCGCCACCUCCACCACAACCUCCAGUCCAGAUGACUGUGCAACACCCUAAGCAACAGCCGUCACGACGUGGACGUGGAAGGCCAAAGAGAGCAGCAACGGUGGCUGUUCCAGCAGUACCCUCUACUGUCAAUACAGCGGAUAUGGGAUCGCAGGGCGCUCCAAGUCUGUCCCCUACUGCACCCCCUGGCUUUGAAACUCCACCGGGCUAUGCUAUUGUCAAAGAUGUGGCUGGAUCCUCAUCAACCGAAUUUGUUAAAGGUGCGGUUCCUGCUUCCGUAACCCCUGUUGCGGUCCCUUCUGUUCUGACACAAGCCAAGGGUAGGAAAAUUCAAAGAGAAUCUGGUACACCUCGAAGCCGUGCAAAGAAACAGACUCCUCUGGCUCCAGCUACUUUACCAGAAAUAAUUCCUAGUUCAGCAAUUUCAAAGGAGAGUGGUAUUGCCUCAGAUAUAAUUAAGUCUUCUGGUGCCUCAGAUGUACCUACUGCCGCAGAUACUGUCGAUAGCCCACUUUCAAGGGUCCAAAGUGGAUCUGGUACACCUCGAAGCCGUGCAAAGAAACAGACUCCUCCGACACCAGGUACUUUACCGGAAAUAAUUUCUGCUUCAGCAAUUUCGAAGGAGAGUAUAACUAAGUCAUCUGGUGCCUCAGAUGUACCUACUGUGACGGAUGCUGUCGAUAGCCCACUUUCAAGGGUCCAAAGUGGAUCUGGUACACCUCGAAGCCGUGCAAAGAAACAGACUCCUCCGACACCAGGUACUUCACCGGAAAUAAUUUCUGCUUCAGCAAUUUCGAAGGAGAGUAUAACUAAGUCAUCUGGUGCCUCAGAUGUACCUACUGUCACAGAUGCUGUUGAUAGCCCACUUUCAAGGGUCCAAACUGCAGUUACCAUGGCAUCAGAUAGUUCAUCAACUGCCACUAUAUCCCAAGACAAGCAAGAGUUAGUAAGUGCACAAUCUGGAACAAGUGCACCUACUUUAGUCACUUAUGAGGUCAAUCCAAUCGCAGGGCUUCAUACGUUGGUUGAAUUAGUUCCUGUUUCUCUUCCAAUCACAUCCCCUGUUCAAGAGAAGCAUAAGACUCAUAUUCCGAAAAGGAAAAAAGUGGAAAAAGUGUGUACCAGUUCUGCGACAAAGCCUGUUAUUUCUGAAACUACCAGGCCAGAUAGAAACGACAAAAUCGAAUCUGCAGAAUUUGGGAAGGAUGAUGGUGUGAAUGUCAAUGUGACAAAUGGUUCACAAGAACCCAAGAUUGACCAAACAUCUACUCCUGUUACGUCUGCGUUGGCACAAGAUUUGAUGGAGAGGAGAAACCUUCGCAUGGGGUCUAAGAAUGCUAAGUCAGGGAGGAAACAGAAAACAACCGCCAAACCAGGGUCCCCUGCAGCGCAUUUAGUCAAGGAGGAUGCUGGAGCUGGUCUCAGUACACCAGUACUAAAGCCACAAAGUGUCUCAGGGGGUCCAAGCAGUUUAAAUUUGGAACAACCCGUGGUUCAGCCAGUUAAAUCAGUUCCAGCUCAAGAAAAUGUGAAUUUGAUACCUGGUAACAGUACCUCUAUACCUGAGCUUCAGAGUACUGCAAGAGAAGCUGUCAGUGCACAAAUCAAACCUUCUUUGGUUGAACCCGUUGAAUCUGAGGCGCCUCAGUCUAAUAUGAGCACAGCUGACACACCAAGUAUUAGCUCACCCGUGAAUCAAAAACCAGCAGUCUCGGUUUCCUCUCGUCAAACUAGAUUUUCUGCAGCGAAAGAAAAGGCAAGGGAAGCUCCUGCUGUUAGGCGAGUCCCGAGGAAGAAGGAUUUGGCAAGGGCGGCAGCUACUGCAGUCAACACUUCAGGACCCACAACACGGGGCUCCUUAGUUGGUUCACUUGUGGUGGAGAACAGCAGUAAGGCUUUAGAAACCAAUAUUGCUAAACGCAAAGUGGAACCCGCUACAAAGUCCGACCUGGAGGUUAUCACCAAGGAAACAUUAGAUUAUGCAGUCCAGAGCGGGUGUUUAUCUGCUUCACCAACAGUGCAUAUACAUGCCUCCAGUUCUACUAUCGACGAAAUUUCUCCAUGUGUACAAGAAGCUGAACAAAUCGACACACAACACAAGCUGAAAAACGAGGGUGUUCAGUGUGACAGCAGAAGUGGGGUUGCCCUGGUCAAGCCCGCACUGGAUAAAGCUGUAACAGGGGAUGAUUCUGGCAUGCAGAUAGAUACUAACAAAGAUGUGGGGGCGUCUAUAUCAUUGACUGAAAAUAGUACUGAAAUCUCUGAGGAGCAUCAUCAUCAAGCUGUUGCACCUGUCACGGGAAAUGUGAGCAAAGAUACCAUGGAGGAAAACGGAUUGGACAGCUUAGCAACGGACUCCCCAAUGGAGGAUGUUGUAGAUAGUGUUGAAGCUGAUGGCAACAAAAUUUUAGAAAGAAAGGUUGACUCAACUGUGUCAGAUCCUAGAGAGGUUCUCAAAGUUGCAGAAGCAGCGGACUUUCUGAUUGUUGUAGAAGAUAUUUCAAAGGUUGAUGUUUCAGAAAGUCAAGAAGUUGCUGGAGCAAAUGCCAAGUCACUUAUCACCUCUGCUUCUGUUGAGCAAGGCGUUAGUGCUGACAUCAGUCAAGAUACUGGAACAUCAGAAACUCACUGGACUACAAAUUCAAUGGAUGUUCCAGAGCGUGCCGAUGUUUAUGGAGUUGCUUCAGCAGGAAACGUAAACUCAUUAUCCACCUCUGUGAAUGUGGAAGAAGCUACGGCUGAACAUGAUGAGGAUCUCAAAACAAGAGAAGUGCCUGGCGGAUUAACGGCUGUGGAUGCUACAACACCCGGCUCCUUAGUUGGUUCGCUUGUGGUGGAGCGCAGCAAUAAGGCUGUGGAAACCAAUAUUACUAAAUGCAAAGUGGAAAUCGGUACAAAGUCCGACCAGGACUCUAACACCAAGGAAAAAGUAGAUUGUGCAGUCCAAAGCGGAUGUAUAUCUUCUUCAUCAACAGUGCAUAUACAUGCCUCCAGCUCUACUAUAGGAGGAAUAUCUGCAUGUGUACAAGAAGCUGGACAGAUUAACACACAACUUAAGCUGAAGAACGAGGGUGUUCAGUGUGGCGGAAGAAGUGGGGUUGUCCUGGUCAAACCAGCACUGGAUAAAGCUGUAACAGAGGGUGAUUCUGGCACGCAAAUAGGUACAAACAAAGAAGUGGGGGCGUCUGUGUCAUUGACUGAAAAAAGUACUGUAAUCUCUAUGGAGCAUCAUCAUCCAGCUGUUGCACCUGUCGUGGAAAAUGUGAGCAAGAAAACUAUGGAGGAAGACCGAUUGGACAGCUUAGCAAUGGAUUCUUCAAUAGAGGAUAUCGUAGAUAGUGCUGAAGCUGAUGGCAACAAAACCUUAGAAGGAAAUGUUGACUCAUCAUCCAUCUCGACUGCGUCAGAUCCUAGAGAGGUUCUCAAAGUUACAGAAGCAACGAACUUUCCGAACGUUUUAGAGGGUAUUACAAAGGUUGAUGUUCCAGAAAGUCAAGAAGUUGAUGGAGGAAAUGCCAAGUCACUUAUCACCUCUGCUUUUUUAGAGGAAGGCGUUAGAGCUGAUAUUGGUCAUGAUACUCAAACAUCAGAAACUUACCAGAUUACAAAUUCAAUGGAUGUUCCUGAGCGUACUGAUGUUUAUGGAGUUGCUUCCGCAGGAAACGUAAACACAUCAUCCACCUCUGUGAAUGUGGAAGAAGCUACGGCUGACCAUGAUGAGGAUCUCAGAACGAGAGAAGUGCCUUGCGGAUUAGUGGCUGUAGAUGGUACAACAAGCUGCUCCUCAGUUGGUUCACUUGUGGUGGAGAGCAGCAGUAAGGAUGUAGAAAUCAAUAUUACAGAACCCAAAGUGGAAACUGAUACAAAGUCUGAUCAAGAGUCUAAAACUGAGGAAAAAUUAGAUGCUGCAGUCCAGAGCGGGUGUUUAUCUGCUCCAUCAACAUUGCAUAUACAUGCCUCCAGUUCUACUACCGAUGGAAUUUCUCCAGGUGUACAAGAAGCUGAACAAAUCAACACACAGCAUAAGCUAAAGAACGAGGGUGUUCAGUGUGACAGCAAAAUUGGGGUUGUCCUGGUCAAUCCCCCACUGGAUAAAGCUGUAACAGAGGGUGAUUUUGGCAUGCAAAUAGAUAUAAACAAAGAAGUGGGGGCGUCUAUAUCAUUGACUGAAAAUAGUACUGAAAUCUCUAUGGAGCGUCAUCAUCAAGCUGUUGCACCUGUCGUGGAAAAUGUGAGCAAAGAUAUCAUGGAGGAAGACCGAUUAGACAGCUUAGCAACGGAUUCUUCAGUGGAGGAUGUUGUAGAUAGUGCUGAAGCUGAUGGCAACAAAAUGUUAGAAAGAAGUGUUGACUCAUCGUCCAUCUCGACUGCCUCAGAUCCUAGAGAUGUUCUCAAAGUUACAGAAGGGAGGGACUUUCCGAAAGUUGUAGACGAUAUAUCAAAGGUUGAUAUUUCAGAAAGUCAAGAAGUUGCUGGAGGUAAUGCCAAGUUACUUAUCACCUCUGUUUCUGUAGAGGAAGGCGUUAGUGCUGACAUUGGUCAUGAUACUCGAACAUCAGAAACUCACCAGAUUACAAAUUCAAUGGAUGUUCCAGAGCGUGCCGAUGUUUAUGGAGUUGCUUCAGCAGGAAACGUAAAAUCAUCAUCCACUUCUGUGAAUGUGGAAGAAGGUACAGCUGACCAUGAUGAGGAUCUGAAAACAAGAGAAGUGCCUGGCGGAUUAAUGGCUGUAGAUGCUACAACACGCGGCUCCUUAGUUGGUUCACUUGUGGUGGAGAGCAUCAAUAAGGCUGUAGAAACCAAUAUUACUAAACGCAAAGUGGAAAUCGAUACAAAGUCCGAUCAGGAGUCUAACACCAAGGAAAAAUUAGAUUCUGAAGUCCAGAGUGGGUGUUUAUCUGCUUCAUCAAAAUUGCACAUACAUGCCUCCAUUUCUACUAUCGAUGAAGUUUCUCCAUGUGAAGCUGAGCAAAUCAUCACACAGUAUAAGCUGGAGAAUGAUCUAGUUCAGUGUGACACCAGAAGUGGGGUCGUCCUGGUCAAACCCGCACUGGAUAAAGCUGUAACAGAGGGUGAUUCUGGUAUGCAGAUAGAUACAAGCAAAGAUGUGGGGGCGUCUAUAUCAUUGACUGGAAAACGUACUGUCUUAAAUGAGCAUCACCAUCAAGCUGUUGCACCUGUGGUGGAAAAUUUGAGCAAAGAAACCAUGGAGGAAGACCGAUUGGACAGCUUAGCGACGGAUUCUCCAAUGGUGGAUGUUGUAGAUAGUGUUGAAGCUGAUGCCAACAAAUUUUUAGAUAGAAAUGUUGACCCACCAUCCAUCUCGACUGUGUUAGAUCCUAGAGAAGUUCUCAAAGUUACGGAAGCAACAGACUUUCCGAAUGUUGUAGAGGAUAUUCCUACGGUUGAUGUUUCAGAAAGUCAAGAAGUUGCAGGGGGCAAUGCCAAGUCACUUAUCAUCUCUGCUUCUGUUGAUGAAGGCGUUAGUGCUGACAUUGGCCAUGAUACUCGAACAUCGGACACCCACCAGAUUACAAAUGCAUCAACGGAUGUUUUAGAGCGUGCCGAAGUUCAUGGAGUUGCUUCAGCAGGAAAUGUAAACUCAUCGUCCACCUCUGUGAAUGUGGAAGAAGCUACAGCUGACCAUAAUGAGGAUCUUCAAACAAGAGAAGUUCCUGGCGGAUUGAUGGCUGUAGAUGUUGCAAUGGGGAAUGUUGUAGAGGGUGUUGAAGUUGUAACUAAUGCUCUUGUAGAUACUACAAUGGAGGAUGUUGAGGGUGUUAAACUUGUAACUAAUGCUCCCGUUAAGGAAUCAUCAGGCAAAGAAGUUUCCGAGACUUGAGAAAUCCUAGAAUUUUUAGUGUACAUAAUUUGUCAGAAGCCUAGAAAUAAUUUUAACGAAAGUAUGUGUAUUUUUCUGUGUUAAAGAAAAUAUUUGUCAUGCAGCCAUUACGACAGUUGUGUUUUGUAACGUGCAGAUCUAAUGUCCAUAUACACACAUUAAAA